UGACUGAAUGUGGUGUGUGCAUGCCAAUUCGUCUCUCAUCUGAAAGAUACGUGUAAAAGAUUACUAUUUUCAGACUGACUUUUUCUUGUUUCCUGGAGCUUUUACACCUCUGUAAUGUCGUCUUUCAAAUUUUUACAACUUUUGUUUUAUUCCUGUUGUUUCAUUAUAUUGGCCAACGCAACUGUGAUUGAAGUUAACUCGUAUAAUUUCAACCAGACUGUUUCAAAGAUGUAUUUUUCCAUACUGUUUGUAGCAACAAAUGACUGUGUGCAGUGUGACAUUGAAUAUCCUAAAUUUCUGGCAGCAUCCCAACCAUUCCACUCUGAUCCACAGAUCUAUUUUGGCCAUGUUACUGAUUCUGAACUUAUCAAAAGUUUCGGGGUUACUGAGUAUCCAUCAAUUGUCUACUAUCAACCAGGCAGUGAAUCACCAUCUAUUUCUGAUCAAGACCACACUGUAGAAGGUGUCAUAACGACUAUUGCAAAAGCAAUGAAAGGUGACUUUUCACGUGUGAAACGGGAAUAUGCUGCCGAACUGGUUGAAGAGAAUUAUGACAAAAUAGUUAGCUUGCCAAACGUUUAUACCUUGAUAUUGCUUUAUAAAAACAAUGAGGCUAAAGAAGACAUUGCAGUCUUUGAGAAAAUUGCUGCCAGUUUCCGGAAUGAUUUUAAUAUUGUUUUUGGUAAAGUUAAUGCCGAAAAAGAAGAGGCUCUCAGAUCUGAUUUUGGACGUAAGAAAUAUCCUGCAAUCUACUGGUACUCCAUAGAAAACAAGAAUGCUCGAAAACGUUAUGGUGGACGUCUUGAUUUAGUGGAACUGGUGUCAUUUAUAAAUGAACAAACUAAUAUUAUGAGACAGCCAGGUGGAGAGCUAGAAGAAAUGGCUGGACGAGUCGAAGCUCUUGAUAAAUUAGUGGUAGAGAACGUCGAACAAAUAUAUGAAGGGAAAAAGUUGAAAAAAUUGCUCAAGACUUUGAAGAAUGACUACAGCAGAAAUGAACUUGAAAAAUAUUACACCUACAUUAUUGAAAAUAUUCAUUCCACAAGAUCUUCUGAUUUCCUGGAAGAGGAAAGAGGAGAAGUUUUGAAGAAACUCAGUGAUCGAGUGUUAACACCGGUUCAAAUGGACAAGCUUCGACGCAAGCAAAACAUCUUGCACAAAUUUAUUGAUGAGAUUGCCAUGUAUCUAAUAAAUAAAAAUGGAAUCGACACAUCUCUUGGUGGAAUGGAAGAUCCAAGUUGGCAGGAUGCAUUUAGUGGUUCCUUUGAAACUUUUGAUACAUCAAAAACUACAAAGCAAAAGAAAAUAACCAAACAUGAAGAAUUAUAACAUCUUUUUUGUUAAAAAUACUAUUUCAAUUCAUUUUAAAUCAUAGAUUCUUUGCAAAUGCUUUACAUGAAGAAGUGUACACGUCUCUUUUACUUUCCACUUAGUUCAUUGUAAUUCAUAAAUACAUAACAAUCUGCUUUGUUAUCUUAAGAUUGUCACCUACCAUAAGAAGUUUAAAACUUGAUUUUGAGUUCUACAGCUUUUUCAAUGGUAUAUGAUUUUACAAUUUACAUGACUUUAUUAUUAUUAUUAUUAUUUUUUUUAUUUAUUUUUUUUUUUUGCAUCUAGUAAAAAUGUUAAAGAAAAAUCGAGUAAUUCAAAUGUAUUUCUUUUUCUGAAGUCUCUAUUUUAAUAUUUUAUGCUUUUAUUAAAACACUUUCAAAUAUCUUUGGGCAAUUCCAUUAAAGGAUAGGACAUUAUUAUUAUUAUUAUUAUUAUUAUUAUUAUUAUUAUUAUUAUUAUUA